UGUGACCGGUGAUGCACGCGCGCAAUGCUACGCAUUAGUUCGACUUCGACCACGAUAAAUCGAACAUGGCUGAGUGGUCGUUCCUCGAGCGCGACUACCCCAACCGGGCGUACGACGUUUUUCCCUUCCCGUACUAUCAAGACAAGGAAAUCCAGCCUGCGCCUGCGCAGUGCCUGGCAGCGCAAGCGCAACCGUUCCAAUGUCCUUCGCCGACGCUGACCGUUUUACUCUCUCCCGCUCAGCAGGGGACGCAGCAAAUAUGCGAAUACAAUCCAACCCCCAAAGGGGAAAAUCCACGCGAGUUGCGAAACAAAGCAGAGAAGCAAAGAAGGGACAAAAUGAACGAAUCCGUUGCAAGAUUAGCUUCGAUAGUCCCGCCUGUUGUCAAGCCUGGCAGGAAAAUGAACAAGAGGAAUGUACUUCGCCUAGCAGCGCACUACCUACGCUCCCAUCAACAUGUAUUCGGUAGCAGCAUCGAUCGGGGUCCCGAGUUUAGUUCUGCGUUCACGCAAACUUUGCUGAAAAGCCUUAAAGGAUUCCUGAUUACCACAACGUACAAAGGGAUCGUGGUGGUCGUCUCGCCAAAUAUUCAAGAAUAUUUGGGCUAUACUGAGCUCGAAUUACUCGGCCAAGAUGUCUUCAGCAUCAUACACAAAGAGGAUCAUCAGCUCCUGGCCGAGCAACUAUAUCCAAGAUCUUGCUCUUUGACAUCGAAUGGCCAGCUCUUGUUACCUCGAGAAAAAGACGCUGAAAAGACAGUCGCAGAAGCUUUGUGCAAUGAGAAACGGAGUUUUAUUAUAAGAUUCAAAAAAUUAAGCCAUCAACGUUCCGAGCCACCUCAAUAUGUGACUUGUCACGUCGAAGGCUCACUACGCAAAUCGGACCGUGCGGGCACCAGAUUCGAUCAGAUCGUUCAAAUUGGACGGCGCGUCAGAUCCAGGGGCGAGAAUCCAUUUUCGAGUGGUAAUGACAUUGUGUUCGUGGGUAUGGUGCGACCGGCAACUGAUACUUUCAUAAGCGAGAGCGGUCUAGAGUCCUUCAGGAUGGAAUACCGUACUCGACAUUCCAUUGACGGUGAAAUAAUUCAAUGCGAGCAACGCAUCGCGCUCGUUACUGGCUACAUGACGCACGAGGUGAAUGGUGUCAACGCAAUGAACUUCAUGCAUCGUGACGACGUCCGCUGGGUGAUCAUCGCUUUACGGGAAAUGUACGAUCAGCACCGCUUGGUUGGUGAAUCCUGCUACCGUUUGAUGACGAAGAAUGGCGAAUUCAUAUAUAUGAGAACUCUAGGCCGUCUCGAUGUGGACAAGGACACGAAGGCGGUAACAAGCUUCGUGUGUACAAAUACCGUCGUCGCAGAGCAAGAAGGAAAACAUCUGAUUAAACUAAUGAAGAGGAAAUUCACCUUGAUGAUCAACAACGGGGAGCCGAAGGAUUUUGAUGAAGAAGAGAAAGAGGAGGACACGAAGCAAUCAUUACCUGUAGAAGAUCCAAGACAACUUGAAAAGGUUAUUCUUCACCUCGUAACAAACUUGCCUUCGCCGCAGCCUGAAGACACUCACCAUAACCCCUGUUCCAGGAACGGAGAAGUUUCACCAUCACAUCUGGCUAUUAUACCUCCACAGCGAGAACGUAUACAGAAGGCUAUAGAGAAAAGCUAUAGUGUUAUUAAAACCAUAGAUAUGGCGAGUAAUAGGGAAUGGAAGAGCAAUAAAAAUUUACCAUCAACGAGCUCCGCAAAGGAUUCAAGCAGAAUUGCUCGGAACCAAACAAGCGAAAUGGAUACACAAGAUGAUCAUUCGGAUAUAAUCAGGGCUCUAUGUCUGGGAAUCUGUCAAGGUCCACCGUGUACGUGUAUCUCAGAAAGCCCUGAAGAUGCUAACCGGACAUUAUCCCCUACAGAGAAUGAUCUAUACAUGAGCUAUUUAGCGCCCGCUCCACCAACUAUCAACGUCGUCGAUACAAGUCUUAUCAGUCUGAGCGACUCCCGAGAUUUGCCAAUAGAGUUCAAUAUCUCCAGUUCGAACUUUUCGUCCGAUUUAUUUUGUGAACAAGAAAGCAAGCCGUCAUGUUCCCGAACCUCUGGAAAACCAACAAGAACUGAACAAACCAGAAAACCAGCUGAGCCGAGCUCUCACUUUUCACCACCAAUUAUCCAAGAACGUCGAGUGAAGUCGCCAUCCAUCAGAUCACCAGACCCUUACGUAGAACCGACUCCGGGAACAUCAGGUUUGAAAAGACAACGUAAAGUCGAUAAUAAGAAUGUAAACAAAAGAAAUGUUUGUGUCGGGAGUCGCUCAGAAAAGCUGAAAGACAAUCCCGACUUUGAUUUCAUGUUAAAUUUAGCGAUUGAGGAUAGUUACAACCUAGAACGAGGCAGAAUUACUCCGUCCAACACAAUACUGGGUGACGAUGAACUCGUUAAAACAAUUGAUAAAAUUGAAGCAGAAGACGGUGUCGAUAGUCGAAAUCUGAUGAUUGAUAAUUUUUCCGAACCCGAAGUAGAUGAAACUGCACGUUCUAAGAAAUACUCGAAAAAGUCCAGGGAUAAGAAAAGAGCGAGCGGCCGCAGAAUGACUCCCCCCGAUAUUUAUGAGUUUAAGGAUGAUGACACCAACUAGUGUAAGACCUCUUAAGUGUCUAAGUAUGCUUUUGACAUUCUUGACACUUAAGUUCGAACAUUUUAAAUAUGAGUCUUACACUAAAGAGGGAAAACUGUUAUUUGAAAAAAACAUUUAUUAGUGAUAGUGCAACUAGUGAUUGACAUUUAGUAUCAGAACUAGACAUGAUAAAUAUAUUUUUAGUGAUAGUAUACUCUUCAGUAAUACUGUAUGAACGCUAUGCUACGAAUUCUAAAUAUAAGCUAUAAACAAACUUCAGGCAUAAAAUUGGAUUAACAAAUGUAAAUAACAGAAGAUAAAUUUAACUAAAAAAAUACAAAUUUAAAUAAAUUUCUCAAACGCAAAAUCAUACUCAAAAAUAUUAGAAGAUCAUAAAAAAGUGCUUCAAAUUUAAUUUGGACAAAAUUCCUUUAGUUAAUACUUUCGAGUUCAAAAAAAAAAUCAAUUACAUCUAUAAUUGUAGUACAAAGUAGACUUUUUCCCUAGUGAUAAUAUAGUUAUUGACCUUAAAAGAACUAUCAAAUAACCUGCAAAACAAAAAUAUAAUAUAAUCACCUUCUAUAUCAAUGUGUACAUUAGUGUUAGUGCAACAACUUUGUUAGAUUUAAGUGAUGUUAUUAUCAACUGUGAACUCAAAGAGAAUCUGAUAGUGAAAAAUAUAAACUAGAACAUAGUGAUCGUUAGGAUAUUUCUCAUUUUAAAAUUAAAAACUUUGAACAGAACAUUAGACAAUUUUAAAGUGACAAAUAUACAAAAUCAAAAAAUAAAAUUUUGUAACUUUAAGACUGAUGAGGCUUUUCGGUGGUAAGCAUAGAGCCGAGGAACUGUACUGGAUCUGAGAAUUAUAACGGAAUAUCUAAUGGAUAUAACAAAUUACAGAUUAUUGAAUACAUACCGAGGAGACCUUUGAUGACAAAUAAUCCAACAGCUAAUAGAUGUUUGGAAUAUUUUUACUCAUAACGGACUAAAUUAAAAAAAAACAGUAUGAAGCUUUGAUAUUAAGCCUUUACAGUAAUUAAUUCAAAUAAAAUCUACAAUAUAAAUAAAAUAAUGUAAAAAAUAUAUCCUUUUAUAUCAUCAGGGCCAAUUUUCAAAUCAUAGACUUUCUAAUGCUGAUUCAAAUAAUUAUUCGAUAAAAAUAAAUUAAAUAAAAAAAACGAUACAUUCAGACUGAAUACGAGAACGAACUACAGUACAAUAAUUUAAAAAAUAUUGUGACAGUAAUUAGUACUAUGUUGCAGACAAAUAUGAUAUUAAAUAUGAAAAAAAUCGUUGGACAACAAAUUUAUUGUGAAUUACAACAGAAAGUCCAGAUUGAGAAACUCCAGUUCGACUGGACAGACUGGAUUAUCGAAAAGAAAAGACUGCAACGAAAAAUUUAAAAUUUACAUCGAAUUAUUUUAUUUUUAAUAUUGGAGUACACUUAAAGAUAUAUAGUUAGUUUCUUCGUCAAAGACAUUAAAUUGUAGUUAUAAAAUGCAAACUCAAAAACUAGUACAAAUUGAAUAGACCACAUUAAAUAAUGGAUAUUGUGAUACAAAAAACCAGAGUUUAUUGAGAAUGGUACAUCAAAUUUUGAUCUUCGUCAUUAUAAGUGUUAUCUACAAAUUUAAAAAUUCACACUUCGAACUUUAAAUUACGGAAAAAAAAAAUAAAAAGAAUAAAAUUCUCAUCGGUGCAAAUUUAUAAAUAUAUUUUUUGGAAACUAAAUAUCAAAUUAUUAUUCUAUUGAUGGUGCAACUAUCAAAGUUAUAGUGAUAGCUGUGAAACUCGAAUCAAAAAAUUGUAACAGAAAAUGUAAUCAUUCUUACCUAUAUGUAAAAGCUGUUAAUAUUGAUAGUAUAACUGUCAUUAAAUUGUUAUUAUAUAUUAUGUAAAAAUAAAUUAUUCUGUCAAUUAAAUCGUAAUUGUCGCAAAUUGACAAAGAAAUUGUGCUGUUACAAGAAAAUGGGAUAGUGUUGUUAAAAACAUUUGAUGUAUAUAUAGCUCGUCCACAGUGAUUCUACAAUAAAAAAAAAUAUUUCAACAUAUUUUCGAAUAGUACCACUAUUCGAAACUACUUAUGCAAAGCUCUUACUAUGUAUAUAGUUAUAAUAAAAAAAAACUAUGGAUCUAAUUAUUAAAAAACAUUAUUGUAAGGAAAAUAAAUAUUAGUGACAACUUUUAAAGUUAUGAUAUAAAUUUGUGAGUUCCUUUCGUGUGACUUCCAAAGACAAUUAUUUAUACCUUGUUAUUUAUAUUUCCAAAACGUCCUAAAUAUAUAUCUUUAUAUGUUUAUAAUUAUGAUAUUUGUAAUGUUUCCUCUAUGAAAUAUUUUUUAUUAUUAUAAUGACAAUCUCAUUAACUCGAAGUUAUUUUCUUGUAUUAUUUUGUAUAAUAUGGUUAUAUUUAGCCGCGUGGUUCCGGCAGAGUAGAAUAGAGCCACCCCAUCUCGACCCGUGGGUGUCGUAAGAGGCGACUAAGGGAAUUUCGGUAAGGCAUCGCCAUCAAUCGAAUGAACGCCUCAAUAACCCGUUCGGUGGCGGGAAAUAAUCACACCAACAUCAUAAUACCCAAGGAGGGUUGGCGACAGGCAGGCGGCCGGCCGUAAAAUACUGCCAAAUAUUUUUUUUUUUAUUAAACCUAUGAAUUUGAUUAUUAUUAUUAUUAUUUUCUUUAAUGUAAUAAUAAUUAUGACAAUGCUCUUUAUUUCUAGAUUCAUAUUGUUUUAUAAACAUACAAUUAUUUGAAAAUAAAUUUUAAUUACAAAUUAAUAUAUUUUCACGUUGUAUGAAAUAGUAAUUUAUGUUUGAGCAAUGUUCUUAAUACAGUUUAUAAAGAUUCAAGAUGUUUAUGAGGUUGUCUCGAUAAAGCAGUGCACUAACUAUGCACAAGCAUGCAUAAACCUAUGUGCACUAUGUAGAUAUCCUCCACUACUCUUUGAAAUCAGAACACUUCCCAGCUCCAGUCGCAUCCUGAGUGCAUUUUCUGAGUUGACCUUACUCAUUAUCAAACUAAGAUUAAGUUACAUGUACUUUUAAGUUUAAAAUUUUCGAACAAAAAAAUUAUUAUGAUCUUUAUGAUUUAAGGAAACAUGUUAAAUGGGUAUAACAUACGAAUACCAAAUAUUGUUUUAAUUAUAAACACGUUAGAAUAAGUCCGCACUUUAUUUACCAAAGGCCUUUUUUUUUCAUUUACUAUUUAUGGAUUUCAUAUUUCAUUAAACUAGUCAUAAUUCGGCUGUUUGUUUAAGAAUCUUUAUUUCGAAAUUAAUGUAUAAUUAAAUUUCAAUUAAUUCGGUUAAACCGUUAUCUAACAUAGUUUAUACGCAAAGACUGAUUGCUUCAUAAUCUAUUGAUUUAAUAACUCAUUCAAUUUAUUGAUUACGAUUUGAUUAUAUUAGCAUUUGUUAAUAUUUAAAAAAAUACUUUUGCCAUAUUUGAUGUGUGUAAUGCAAUAAUGUGUUAUUGUUAUAAUUUCAGUUAAAAAUAUAAUUUUAAUUUUUCAUUUAUUUAAUUAAGGUUUUCUUUUAUAGCUUAUUCUAGUUUAUUUUGCGGUUUGUAAUUUAGGUUUCUUGGUCUGGGUAGGUUUAGCUUAUUAUGUUCGAUGUUACGUCUCUUCAAUUAUUGUUUAAACCAAUUAAUUUUCAUAACAAAUAUAUUGCAUAUUUGUAAAUAGUUGAGUUCUUUAAUGUUUUGAGCUGCUGGAAAUUAACUUUGAUUUAUGUAAAGAAGAAUAAAAAAACAUGUAAUGUAUAAAUAUCGCCUUACAUUAUUUGGGGUAUUGAUUCUAUUAAAAUCAAUAUUUUCUUUCAUACUUGUUAUUUUGGGUUUUUUAUUUAAUUUUUUAAAUUAAUAUUUAUACCAAUUGAGGCACCAAGAGCUGCUUAAUCUUUCGAUUGGACUAAGGAAGGAAUCAGAGGGAAUGGAGUCGCCGUAUCAUCAAAAUAACUCAUGUCAGCAUAUAUUCUAAAUAAGUAGUGGAGAAUUUCACCGUCUCAUCUCACCAUUAUAUCAUCUCGUCGGGAAUGUAUAAAUUCAGACUAGGAUCUGAUAUGUUAACAAGAUGAACAGGUGAUAUGAAAAUGCUGAAAAAGCUGCUUCAUCGGUCGAAAAUCUAAGGCCGCAGAAGAGUCAAUAUCGUCACCUCGUCACAAACGCUUCCUGACAUCAGCAUGAACAUCAUAAUUAGUAGAAUUCCAUAAAUAUUUUAAAUAUUUCUAUAGAUAUAAAAAAUAUUACAGUAGUUCUAAAACAUAUUCUUAAAUCAAAGUACUAGAAUUAAUGACUAGAAAUGUGCAACGUCUAAUUACUAUAAUAAUCUUAAUGAGUAUAUGAAUCUUAAUAUUAAUUAGGUAAUAAUUGUAGUUGAAUAAGAAAUCAUAUUUAUCCUUAGAAAUAUCAGUAGUACUUAUAACGUAUAAAAUAUUCUUAAAAUAUUUAUUGUAGUUUUAAAAAUUUUUGAGUAGUAUUUUCUGUAAGAAAUAUAAAUGAAUGCAUCUUGAAAUGAUUUUAACAAAGUUUUUUUUUCUAUUGAGUUCAACGUUAUGUUCAGGUCUGUGGAGAAGGUCGGUACAGUCGUGAUCGGUUUGUAGCCGCACAAUCCAAUCAACGACGCGUCUGUCUGAAUUUAAAAAUAGAAUGAUUUCAAUAAAUAAAAUCAUUUUAUAUUUUAAAUUUUUCUUCAUGUCCGUAACUCAUUUCGUUCGUACACUUUUAAUUUCAUUUCCUUUUUUCACUCUGCUAUAAUUUUGUUUAGGAAAGAUAAAAAACAACUUUGUUAGUGCAACCUUCUUGGGAGGUAACCACUGACUAAUUAUUCUAUCAGAGAUCAGCAAUACUUUGUAUUGCUGUCUAGCGGUAGAAUAGAGAACCGUAACACAGUACUUGUUUGAAUGUUGAGUGAGCCUGUGUACUUACAGACAGAAGGGACAUAACACCUCAGAUCCCAACAUUCCUACAGAUUGACAACGUAUUCGUAAUUGGAGAAAUAUUUUAUACUUUUUACUUAAAUAUUCUCAAUUUUCAAUAUGCAUAAAAACAAUAUAUUUGACCUUUUUCAUACUAUGAGCCCAAGUAUGAGCCAGUGUCAAAUUUAUAUUAUUUUCUUACAGAAUAGCUGCUUCAUAUAAUCAUAUAAUCAUAUAAUAAGUAAUUAAAAUAAGAUUUGCUUAACCAUUACAGUUCACUCAUAGAAAUGCACAGGCGAAUUCCUGCGAUAAAAUAAAACAACUACUGAUUCAAACUCGAAAGAUAUAUCAGUUCAUAAAUUUAAUAAUUCUUUUUUUCUUUUACUAACAAUUAAUUUAAAAUAAGUUUCCUAUACUAACUGAUUGCAAAACAAGUUUUCAAUAUCCCAAUACAGAUAUAAAAAUAUUUAGCGUUUUGUUUACACUGGGAAUGUCUGAACAUAAUUAUGUUCAUAAUUUUUAUAACAAGUUUCCUCUAAAUUAAGAAUACUUUGCAGUGGUUCUUGAUCUAAUUGUAGUCGAAGGACAAUCAACUGCGACUAAAGCGAAGAAAACCGUUACAGAAUUGCAUUAUAUUCUCACGGAGCGCUUAAAGCCGCUUCACGUAAUACGUACCGACCACAGGUUGAGAACCACUGAUGUCCAAAGUGGGCAUUCUUUGGCAGCUCAUUGAUAGCUAAAUAUCCAUCUUCAGGACGUCGCCGUCUAAGAAUAGAUAGUAAUUAAUUAAUAAAAUAAUGUUUAUUAAUAUAACUUACUUUUACUUCGAAAAUUGUAAUUUUUAUUAUUAAAUUUAGCCGAUUAGCGAUCUUAGAUUUCUGAAUUACUGCAUAGCAAAAUUGAUUGAGAAAAAAAAAUAGUAUGUUAAUUAAUAAUUCUUACUGAUGUCUGAUCUCAUGUAACAGUUAUUAUGGGUUUUUUGUUAUAUAAUGGUCAUUGACACCAGUGACCAUUUAAGAAUAUCCAACAGAAAAUAGUAAAAGUUUAUACCAAACACCAUGAAUAAGUAUAUAUUAUUUAAAAAUUAUAAAAAUUUUAAUAUUAUUAUUACAAAAAAAAAUUAUCUUAGAAUUAUAUAAAAAUUUUUUGCUCGAAUUAGAGUUGUAAUUGUUAAGAUUACUUUGUAAAAUCGAAAAGCAUGGUUCAAAGUUACUAUUAAUAAAAUGAUUUAUCGAUAUUAUAUUCGUUAGUUAUUCGAUUUUAAUGGUCGUAUAAUCAAAAAUUAUAUCGAUAUAAGAUACUGUUGGAUAUCGUAAUAUGAUUUGUGUAUAUCUCGUUGCAAUUCAUUAAUUAUGCUUUUCAUUAAAAUAUACAUGAAUAUUUUACUUCUAUUGUAGUACGAUAUUUUUCUCGGAAAAACUUUGUAAAUCUAUGAAAUUAAAUUUUAUCUUUGCAUACAUUCUAGUAAGAAGUAAACGGAAGCAGGGACUGGCUUUAUAAACUUUAAAGGAGAAUGUCAUAUUAGCUAAAUAACUUUAGUUAAUUUUAUUUUUAUGGCGAUAUUAUAUAAAGAUAAUGAUAUUUUUUUUAAGGUUACAAAUGAUCUAUAGAGGAAAAUAUAUCGAAACAUACGUAUUUUAGUCUUAAAUGGUAAAACAGUUAGAUAUACCAAAUUAUACUUAAAGAGUAAUUGGAUAUAAUUUUCAUAGUUUGUCCAUUUUUAGCCGACUACGGCCAAGCAACUGACUGUAAUGUAUUUACUGAACUUUCAUUAACGGGUUUUACACUUUGAGCCCUGUGUAGAACCUGAGUGUGGAAACCACGUGGGGAGCGUGUCUUAACACGUGGGGCCACACUUCAAAUCAUAGUUAAUUCGCAGUUGUAAAUGUAUAACACAGAUGUUGAGCUUCGUCGUAGUCGCAUUUUAGUAAUUUUAACGUUGAAAGAUUGAUUAUUAUUAAAAAUAUAUAUAUAUUGUUAAAAAAAACUACUGUUUUAAUUUUACAAAUUAUAUUAAUGCAAUUCAGGGUUGCC